AUGAUAAUGUCGAAUAUCGUUGCAGUACAGAAUACAUCGACCGAAGUCGAGAUUCGCUCACCGUCCGCCGAAUCGAUCGCGUUGUACCGAGUUUUUGCCGAGCUAAGAAAUGGCCCGAGCUGUAAAAUCGUGUUGACAAGUCGCGGUGAUUUCGCCGGUCCCACGACCAGUCUAUACAGUUCAAUGCCGAACAUGGCGGUGCAGGCCGCUUCUGCGGGUGAUGCAGGAGCCGGUAUCGAUCGAUUCACCGUCUUUCGAUGCGAAAACCUAACCGAAAUGGUCGUGGCCACCCAAGUCAAGAUCGAGGAGUCACCCGUCACGUCGCAGCUGCGGGUUUGGCCGGCCGAAGCGGGCGUGCAGCAGUCAAGCAGCGUUCUCUUGGACCACAUCGAGUACGUCCUAGCGCGAGUUUCGACGGAGACGUCCGAGUUUGAAAACGGCCGAGCUAAAUCUCAAGCGCAGACAGCUGCAGUGCACGCGAGUUUGUUGAAGGAACCAGUAUAA